AUGAAAACCCUAAAUAUAAACAGAUCUACUCAUUAUACCGUCUCUCGAAAUUUGCAAUCAAGUAGUUCUGAUGCUCGCCCAAUAGGGAAAUGGCUGAUUGCGCUUAAAUGCGCUUGUAUCUCCAGGUUUCGCGCACAAAAAAGCGGAAUUGCGCGCCCAAAACGGAAAAUCGCGGAAUUGCCAAUCUCUAGAUAUAGCGUUCCAAAUCUACCUUGUCUUCUGGCUAUACAGAAAAUGCUUCAAGAUGCAGCAAUCGUUACCGCACGGUAUGUCUUGGAAAACAAGAAUGCUUUCCUAGGCGCAAUUAUCUUAUCGUUGGCUUUGUUCAAGCUUGUCAUCUAUCCGUUCUACUUAUCUCCACUCAAAGAUAUUCCAGGACCCUACUGGCACCGUGUUUCCCACCUUCCAGCUUUGGAGGGCCAAAGAAGACACGUAUGGAUCAAAAAAGUGCAUGACUUGCAUGCCCAGUACGGGAAAGUGGUCCUUCUCUCACCCACAGCUGUGUCCUUCAACGAGGACCCAAAGUAUGUCCACGAUAUAUAUGUGAAGAACAUGCCCAAGGCUCAGUUCUAUGCCAACUUCACUAAUCAUGGGCCCAGACCAAACAUGUUUGCCAGUUUGGACAACAAGGCACAUCUCCGGUUCCGGCGUAUGAUCCAGAACCUCUAUUCCAAAUCAGCCAUCUUUAAUCCCAAGAAUUCAACCAGAAACAGUGUGGUGGAGAAAGUGGGCCAGUUGGUUCUGCAAGUAACACGGUCUUCUGUUCUGGGAAAAGAACCUGACUACAUCAACGCUCGUCUGGCUCUGAAUCAUAAUGGAAAGGGCUAUGCAUUGGGCAGUUUGGACUGGUUCAACAAAAAGGGCAAAUCUUCGAACUUGGGAAUCGACGUUCACUCACUUUUCGGUGCUUUUGCUAUGGACAAUAUCAGUGCUUUUGAGUUGGGUCCCGAAAACGGAACGAAAAUGUUGUUGAACCCGGAAGACCGCUACUAUCUCAUACCAUUCCGUUUGAUUGUCGAUAUGACAUUCUGGACCACUUUAAUGCCACGCUUCUGGGAUAUAGCUGCUGGUCCAGUUAUUCGCAAAGCAUCUCGGCUCAUCGAAAAAUGGCAAUUGGACUUGUAUGCUAAAGCAGAGGAGAAUGUGCCCCAACGGGCUCCAGGACAAAACUUGUCUACGUUGGAAACUUUGAAAAAGCACGGUCUCCAAGGAAAAAAUGCCUACUCUUCGCUCACAGAUAACAUUUUUGCCGGCCACGAAACUACAGCAAUACAGUUAACAUACACGUGUUACGAGCUCUCAAGGCCGGCCAAUAAGCAUAGACAAGAGCAGCUUCAGAAAGAACUUCGUGAGCAUUUCGGUUCCCCCAACGGAGAUUCUGAAGUCAUUGACGACUUGGAAGCGGUGGACCGGCUUCCUUACAUGGAAGCUUUGAUGCAAGAGACUUCUCGCUUGCAUGCGGCAAUUCCAGGGGCAGAACCUCGAGUGACAGACAAAAAUUAUGAGGUUGUUGUCGGAGAAAAGAAGGUUUCAUUGCCGGUGGGAACGGAAGUUUCCAUGCAGCCAUAUCUGAUGCACCGGGUGACUUCUGUCUUCCCCGAUCCGGAACUUUAUCUUCCAGAAAGAUGGUUACAGGAGCCAGGCGAAUCUGAAGACGAUUAUGCUGCGAGAAUGACAAACAUGCAGCGUUACAUGAUGGGCUUUGGCAAAGGUGUACGCAUGUGUUUGGGGAUGAACUUGGCUCGAAUUGAAAUGAAAAUGGCCUUGGCAAACUUGUAUUGGCGCUACAGCUCGGACAUUUGCCGUGAUUGGUGUACGGUGAACGAAGAAUCAGAGAAAGCCACGGCUUUGAAUGGUGCAAAGGCUGGGCUUCCUGUGGGAUUGCAUCUGGCAGUUUCGCCAGCCGACAGUGACGAAAAAAUGAUGCUGAUGUUUGAUGCUUACACAACGCGGCCUUUGCACGAUGAGUGUUGGUUGGAGUGGCUGGUUUAUUAG